ACUUUAUUUUAUUAUUUUAUAUGAAAUAAGGUCUAUUGCUGGAAUCUAUUGCUAACUUGAUGUAGGUGAAAUUUAAUGGUUACUCUUUUCAUAGUUUCAUUUGGGUGUAGCCGAGGGUGUAGCUUUCUCAAUACGCAUAAUUAUGCUGCAAAUUGCAUCAAGGUUAGGGUAGAGGUAUAGCUAUUAUAUCUAUCUUUCAGCAAUUAUACCGCUGAUGGUAAUACGACUAAUACGUAUAUCGUUCGUUUACUUAAGGUAAGAGCGCUAUAGUUGAAGUUUUUAUAAAGCAACGAUUCAAACUUGGUGGUUGUAAGUUCUGGAAUAAUUCCAGUUAAAUACAAAAGCAAGUACAAAUGAAAAUAAGCUACACACCCACUGCACCCACCGACCUUAUUUUUAUGUCAUAAUUCAAAAAUGGCAAUAAUAAAAACAUACUUACCGACAUGAUAUUAUAAUAUACAAUGAAGUAUGCACUGCCCAAGUUGAAACAAAUUCAAAAAUAGUUCACUUUUACUAAAAAAAAAACGUCGUGCACCGCUUGUAAACAAAUUGCAAACGGAAAUGAUUCAUCAAGUUCAAGUCGAUGCAAACCGGUCGCACUUGCCACUCUCCGCAUGUCACUGACUAUCACGUGAUGGUUUGUCGUUCCCGAUUGUGAAAACAGGUGUUACAUAUUUUGGGCAUAAAUUUUGCGUCUAUGAGACGUAACUGUUUUGUUCGAUCACGCACAGAAAAAUCGUAUAAGUUAUGAAUCAAUUGUGUUUUGUUCACCUCUAUUAUGUGCAACAUGUACGUAAAUGAAACAUUUUACAAUAAAUAAGUAAUUUGCAACAAACGCGUAUCUAAUAAACGUUAACGCCUUACGUGUAGGGUACGCAACAAACAUGUACCAUUAAAUGUAGCCGAUGCAUAUAUUGAAUGAAUCCAGUUACACUCUUUUUGGGUAUUUUUUAUGAAACAUAUUUCAGGGUAAAUUUUUAUGUUUUACCUAAUGCAUUUUAAACGUAAUCAAUGCGCAACAUUCAAACGUACCAAUGUAGACAUGUUUGCGACAAAAUGGUACGUAACAAAUACGUUCUGUGUUUGCUGGGUGAGUAAGGUUAAUGAGGUUACUUUAAAUUAGUGCGGUUAUGUUUAUAUUUGGAUGUGUUAAGGCGGUUGCACAUCAAACGUAAACGAAAUCAUAAACGUAACCACAAUUCGUAAAAUUUGUGUGUGUUCACAUCGAAGGUAAUCCUGAAAUACGCGGCAAAGAAGAAAUGGCUAAAAAUGAUUAUGCAUUUUGCUUAACAUUGCUAUUGUACACUCGUAAUCGAAAUAAAACAACUCUGGGUAAUGGAGUUAAGAAAAGACGAUGGUGGGUGCGACCCUUAAAUCAGAAUAGACAAUUGGAUGGAGAAUACUGAGGCUUUUUUUGGAAAUGAAAAUGUAUGAUCGUGAAUGGUUUUUUACUUAUACUCGAAUGUCUUCCUUUCGCUUUGAUCAUUUGAGGAGCAGACUUGCAAAACGCAGUUUGUCCAAAUUUUAAAUUUUUCAACUGAAGGUGGCGUUGCAAUAUACACUUGAAUCUCUAUCGUUUCAUAUAAUAUUGGAUGUCCAAAUCGCAUUAGGCAUUUACGUUAAUUGCACCGGUAAAUACCGGUUUGUACCGAGCGCGUUCUACAAUUCAUUUCCAUCUACCUACCAUCGUUCUUUAAUGUACCGAACUUUACGGUGUUUAUGAACCUGGUGCACCACAAGUGGACCGGUGAAUGUUAUCGGUUAGAGAGGUGUGGUGCUGUUUUAUAACCUCAAACUCCUAUAAAAUAAAAUUAUUUCGUUAAGCAACACAUAAUUAAUUUGAAGUAUGUGUUCUUUAAACAAUUUCCAAGCUGUUGUGGAUGAAAGCAACAAUGUCAUAUUUAAGGACAAUCAGAUUCUUGUGUACAAUCCAACAGAUGACUGCACAUUAUAUAUACCUAAUAAUGAAGAGACGAGAGCAGCGUUAAACCUGCGAGAAACUACUGAAGAUAAUGAAGAGAAUUUAACGGUUACCGCGGAUGAUACAGAUCAACAUGAAGAAACACAACGAUGGACCCAUGAAAGCACUCUGCUUUUAUUGUCUUUAUAUGAAGAUCAUAUUGGUUCUUUUAAAUCGCCAAAGAAAACUAAUAAAUCAGUUUGGCUUCGAAUAGCCAACGAGAUGUCAAAGCGAGGGUAUUUAUUUACAGGAGAUCAAUGCGAUUUAAAAUUUAGGAACCUAAAAAAGACCUAUAAAAGAAUAAAGGAUAAUAAUAAGUCAUCAGGAAGAGGGGCAAUUGUGUGGCCUUAUAUGGACAUGUUUGAAAGAGUAUUUGGGAGUGCACCUGACAUAAAUCCCAAGGCAACUGUGUCAACAUUUGCCACAUCAUUAAAUACUUUAAAAUCAGCAAACCUUUCAACAGAUAACCAUUCAGUUGUAUCAUUACCUUAUCUCUCACCUUCCACAAGUUCGGUAGGAUCACCUGGUUCUUCUACGCAAGUAGAAAAUAGCAAUGAAAGCGAGUGUCCUGAACCUGUUCGUAAUAAACGUCGAAAAAUGUCAAAUGAAGAACCUGCGUGGGUAUCGACUCUAAGAAAAGAGGCCAAGGAACGUCAUGAUGAAAAAAUGACAAUGUUACGGGAGUUAAUAGGACUUCUUAAAAAAGAAUAAAAAUAUUUGAUUUUAUUAAAAUGAAGUUGUGAAUUUUACAACUAAACUUAAUGUAUUUGUUAAUUAAUUCAUUAAUAAAUCAGCAAUAUAUUCCCUUUUGCCCACUUUUCUAAAAUCUUCAUCUCCAUUAUUAUAAUAAUCAUCUUUAUCUUCAAAGGUAUCAACAUCAAUUUCAUCAUUGUUUUUCAUACAUAUAUUGUGCAACACACAACAUGCCAAGAUUAAAUCAGGGAUAAGUUCUACAUUGUACAUAUGAACAUGUUUUAAAAUUCGAAACCGCCCUUUCAAUAAACCAAAAGUUUGUUCCACGUACACUCGUGUACUAGAAUGUUUGAAGUUGUAAUUUUUUUGUUUUCUGCUCAAAUGGCCGUUGUCACGAUAUGGUGUUAAUAAGUAAUUAGAGCACUUAUAUGCAGAAUCUCCUAAGAUAUGUGUAUUGUUGGGAAACAAUUCACCAGGAUUUUCUCUCAUUUUUGUACCUAAUGGAGAAUUGUAGAAAACUCUUGCGUCAUGGACGCUGCCUGGAAAACCUGUUAAUAUAUGAAAUUAUAAAUAUCCGUAUAAUAACAGUAAUAAAACUCACCUGCAAAAACAUCGAGAAACAUGUAGUUUGCAUCACAAACGCCUUGUAAUAUUAUACUGUGUUGGCCCUUUCGAUUACAAUAAGAACCUUGGACAUUUCUAGGGGGUGUAAUUAAAAUGUGACACCCAUCUAUGGCGCCAAUAACUCCUGGAAAGUUCUGACGCUCUUUAAAUUUCUCACUUAUAUUAUUUGCUGUAGCACCUGUUGGCCAUGAAAUAUAAAUGGAGGACACCUCUUUUAAAGCUUCUGUUACUUUCCGAACAUAUAACCACGCUGUUGAUUUAGAGAUGUCAAAUUUGUCAGAUAAUAGUCUGUAAAUAUUAUACGAAUUUUUAUUCACGUUUAAUUUACUAACCUGUACACUGUUUGGUUUGAAAACAUGGUUAGCGAUACUAGGAGUUGCAAAUCAGGCGAAUGGCAAUGCCGUCCUAUCCCUUGUACAUUACGUUCUUUUAGAGAUGGCCCCAAAACUUGCACCAAAUUUUCAAAAGUAAUUCUACUUAUUCUAAAGUGGCUUUUGAAAUCUAUAAGUUUGAAAUGGAAUAAUAAAUUCUACACGUUGCUAAUACAUACCAUCAAAACUGUAAGCGCGCACUAUAUUUUCUACAUAGUUUCUAAUACACACACGAGAUUUACGUUCAAUCGAGUUAUAACUACUACAAACUAUUGCAAUUAACUCAUCAUCACUAUCAUCAUCUAAAACUUCAUUAAGUACUCCAAUAAUUACGUUUCUUUUCAAGUUAUCCAUUUUGUAGAGGUUAUGGAUUUGAAAACAUUUAAAUCAGCUGCUGCCUUUGCGUUCGGCAAAUAUAUGGUAAACGGUAUGCAGUGGUGCAAUCAGCUGGUUACCGCAUUGCACCAGAAAUUAUCUACCGGUAUAAUUAUCGUAAAUGCCUAUUAUGUCCCACUUGAAAUGUGUUGUGAAAUUCACUUGGACAUGCAAAAUGCAUUUAGUCCAUCGACAUUAGACAAACAAAUAGCAUUUUGUCCGUGAGACGAACAAAACGCAUUCAGUCCAGCCGUAAACACGCUGUUUUUAUAACAGUUAGGUUACUGCUCUUAGUGUCGUUUCGGUUUAUUUUGCAGUAUUGUGUGUUUAGUUUGCAUCUUUUUCGCAACGUUUCAAUUACAAUGGAAUCUGCAGAUGGGGAGCAUAUUGUUGGUGAUUGUGACCGUGGUAGCCGGAAACGACAAGCAAAUUUAACAUCCAGGGAGAGAAAGAAGCAAGUCAGAUAUUCAAACCAUGAUCCUGAUUUACAACAAUUUAAUAUAGUUUGUAAUCAUAAGAAUAAUCCAAAACUGCAGUGUGGGCAAGUAGGGCGAGAUGAUAUACUUAAACUUCGGGAAGUUUUUUACAAAAAUCCCAAUAAAGUUAUUCAAGAUGGAAUAUUAGCCAGUAACAUUGAGUUGGAUAUCCCUAAACGAAAAAGAGCUCGCAAAUCUGAUGGAAAACCGCACUCCUUGUCUGCAAAAUAUCAUGUAAGUAUAAAAGUACAUACGUCGUUUUUGAUAAAAGACUCCAUGUUUUGAGUCUUACAUACGUCGUGUUUCAUCAACAAUUUGGUGCAACCAUUUUUUAUGUUGGAAAGAAUAUUAAAGUUCUCGAGCUUUUGUUGAUCUUUUACUGCUUUUUUCACUUAGUAGGUGUGUUAUAUUCGAAUUUUUACAGGUAUAUAUCAGUCGACAAAAAGUACAAAUUUGUCAAAAGUUUGUAAUGGCUGUAUACAACGUUUGUCAAAGGAGACUAAACACAAUUUGCAAGAAACUCCAGGCUGGGGAGGAAAUUAUAAAAGAAAAAAGAGGAGGCGAUAGACGAGCUUUUAAGUUUGUAGACAAAUUGGAUGCUGUAAAGUCGUUCAUUAGUCAAUUACAAGGAAAAGAGAGCCACUAUGGAAGACAGAAGUCUCGACGGAUCUACAUAUCUUCGGAGUACAACAUUUCUAUUCUUUGGCAGUUAUAUAACAAAAACUCACCAGAAGGUUUAAAAGUGAAUUACAAGUACUUCAGUCGGGUGUUCAGUAAAUAUUUCAAUAUUGGAUUCGGCAGUCCUGCUACUGAUGUUUGUAGCUAUUGUGUAAGAACACAAACCAAAAUAAGUAUGUCUCAAAGCUCUUCUGAAAAGCAGAAAAUAUCCACUGAACUGAAAGUACACAAAUUUCGUGCCACACAAUUCCAUAAGUUAAUGAAAACUGAAGUGCCUAAUACAGUUUCGUACUGCUUCGACUUACAGCAAGUUCAGGUAUUGCCAAAAGUACCUAUUCAAGAGGCAUUUUACGCUCAACAGCUGUCAAUAUAUUUUUUUUGCGUUACCAAACUCAAUUGUCAAGAACCAAUAUUUUACACGUGGAUGGAACACCAAGCAGGAAGGGGGGCUACUGAGACAUCAUCUGCCAUUAUUGAUUUUUUAAAAAGAACUGAAUUUCCUGAAGAUGCGACGAAGAUCCGUUUUUUUGCCGACGGCUGUGGGGGGCAAAACAAAAAUAGUCACGUCAUACAUGCUUUGAUGUUUUGGCUCCAUACGUCAGGCGAAAAAAUAAAGGAAAUAGAAAUUAUAUUUCCGAUCAGAGGUCACUCUUAUCUUCCUGCCGAUCGAAUCUUUGGACGCAUCGAAAAAAUAUUAAGGUCCCACAGUCUCAUAAAAACUCCAGACGCAUAUUGGGAAUUGUACACUAAAGUGGGCGAGGUACGAAAACUUGGGUCUGAUUGGAAUCUGCUUGAUGUAAAAAAUAUGCUGCAGUGGCUCAAAAAAGUGAAUGGCAUAAGUUCUUGCCGAAGAUUUUUUAUUAAAAAGAAUGUUUCCGCCAACAAUAUUUUAGUGAAAAGUGAAGUACUCUAUCGCACUGAUACAAACAAAUUCCAAUCUUUACUAAAACCACGCACACGAUUCGACCAGGUAGUCGUGCCAUGGCUACCUUUGGGACAUCAGAUAAAGAAAAAAAAAAUAGACAGUUUAAAAAAAUUAUUAGAAUCAUUAUCUGGAGAAAAGUGGAACAAUGAUCCAGAACUGGCAUGGUUAGUUCCAAUUUUUGAAGAACAACGUGAAGAUGGGGAAAUAGAAGCAAAUGAAGAAUGUGAAUGUAACGACAUGGAAGAGGUUAAUUUCAUUUAAAGUUUGUAAAUAAUACAAGUAAACGUUAUCGACAAUAUGUUUGUUUCAUUUCCAAAUUUAUUAUACCCAGUGAUCUGUUGGAUGGACAAUCAAAAUGCUGUUUGUCAACUAGUGACCUGCAAAUAGCAUUUUGUCCAACAGUUUUUUUGAAAUAGUAAAGCCACUUUGGCUUUUUCCAGUCUGCAAAUUUAGUAAUUUCUCAUGCUAUUUUUAAUAGAUUUUUUAAUACCAAACGCAAGUCCGUAAGUAACUCGUAUUGUACGUAGUAGUUUUUUGUCAUUCCUGAAAAUUUACAAUUUUGGACAAAACGCGUUUUGCAAGUCUGCUCCUCAUUUGUUGAGUUUAGUCGGCCCACAUUUAAAUCAAAAAAGUAACCGUGGAGUGAUAUCUCCAAGUCAACGUCUUGCAAUAAGUUUGCGGUUGGUAAACUUACUGGUGGGAUGUAUUCUUUUAUUUGGUUAUUAUUUUAGAUUUUUGGCAACCGGUGAUAACACCUUUUCCAUUGCAUCUUCGUAUCGCAUUGGCAGGUCCACUGUUAGUUUAAUCGUAAAACAAACAAUGGGCGCGUUCAGGGACGGUCAGCAGCUGACGGCUGAUGCUUAGAUGGCUAACAAGUUGCUAAGGUUAGCCACCCAUGUUCCCUGAAUGACACACUUAAGCUGAGUGCCACUUGCAUUUGAGGUUAUGUUAUAAAAUAUAAAUUUUUUAACAUGAUCGAACCAAAUAUUGUGGAUUUCUUAUUCAACGACGAUGUAAACUUAAACGGCGUAGUGUAUAUUCUAGAUGAUAAUGCGGUUGAUGAUGAGGCCAAUCAUCAUGCGCAGCCUGUGCGUAAUGAAAAUUACGUUGAAGUUACAGUACCCCAGUACACAGUUAGUGAGUUCAAGAAUCACUUUCGAAUGUCCCGGAUGGCAGUGGAGCAGCUAAUAGGUCUUGUUAGUAAUCAUUUACCCGAUAAACAUUCGGUUCCGAUUGAAAAGCAAGUUCUUUUUUCCAUUUGGCUUCUGGCAAAGCAAGAAAGCUUCUUGGCUGUCGGGGACAGAUUUAAUCUGUCGAGUGGAUCAGGCCACUAUAUUUUUAUGAAUUUUAUUUCUGCGGUGGGUCAUUUAACGCACCAAUUUAUUGAGUGGCCAAAUGCGAGAACAUGUAACGAAAUAGCAUCAAGAAUAGAAACAAAAUAUGGUAAAUAUGUGUAGUUAGAGUAGGGCUCUGGGGUCUCAUAUAGUACCUGUAAUAGGAGUUGCCCCAAAAUUUCACACGUUUGCCACUAGGACCACGUAUAAAGGUAGUACUGAGAGUUGGGGAGAGGAAAUAAUUACUUUAACCCAAAAAGGGAAAGCAUGUGUAAAUCUUGGGGCGGCCCCUACUAUCGCUACCUUUGAGUAUACUCCUAGGAGUAUGAUGAAAGUCGCUAUUAUAUCACACUCCAGAGUCCCACUCUAUCCCCAAUACCUAUAGGUAACUAAAUAAUAUAUUUACCAGGCAUACCAGGUGUCGUGGGUGCUAUAGAUGGAACCCACAUACAAAUAAAACAACCAACACAUAACCCCGUAGAUUUCUUUAAUAGAAAAGAUGUACACUCGGUGGUUUUACAAGGAAUUUGCAACGAUAAAUUAAUAUUUACAGAUGUAUAUAUUGGUAUGCCAGGCCGACUGCAUGAUGCGCGAAUUUUUAGAAAUAGCCCAAUCUAUAAUAGACUUGUAAACAAUCCUGCUUUAUUAACACCACAGCAACACUUACUCGGAGAUGCAGCUUAUCCGCUGCUUGAUAAUCUCUUAAAACCAUACAGGGAUAAUGGCCACCUUACAGAAGUACAAAUUCGGUUUAACGAAGUGAUGAGUAGCAUACGGUCGAUGAUCGAAAGGUGCUUUGGUCUAUUGAAAGGAAAAUGGAGAAGACUAAAAUAUCUUGAUAUGUCUCUAGCAGAUAAACUACCUCAAGUUAUAUUGGCAGCUUGUAUUCUGCAUAACUUUAUUCUGAUCAUCGAUAAUGAUGCAGAUAACCAGAAUGACAAUGGUCACAAUGGUGAUGACAUAGG